GAUCCACUACAAUGGGAUAUCUAAAGGAAAUUAUCGUAGAAAACUUCAAGUCAUGGCGUGGGAAACAGAUCAUCGGUCCUUUUAUGCGGUUUAACUGUAUAAUUGGUACAAAUGGCUCUGGGAAGUCCAACGUGAUGGAUGCCCUGAGCUUCGCCAUGGGGGAGCGGGCCGCCUCCCUCCGAGUUAAGCACCUCAGAGACCUGGUUCAUGGAGCUCACAUCCGUAAGCCGGUGUCCAACACCGCCCGGGUGGCCAUGUGCUACUGCAACGACCAGGACCAGGAGACCGUCUUCUGUCGGACAGUCACCGGGGACUCCUCUGCCUAUUACAUUAAUGGUGCUCACGUUUCGUAUGCUACAUACAGCCAGGAGCUUGAGAAGAUUGGGAUUGUGACUAAAGCUCAGAACUGUCUGGUGUUCCAGGGGGCGGUGGAGUCUAUUGCUUUGAAGGAUCCAAAGGAGAGAACAAAGAUGUUAGAGUGUAUGUGUCAGUCCCACGAGUUUGCAGCUGAGUAUGAGAAGAAGAAGGAAGCCCUGCUCAAGGCCAGAGAGGACACACAGUUUCACUUCAACAAGAAAAGAACUGUCACUGUGGAAAGAAAACAAAUGCAUCAAGACAAAAUGGAGGCACUGAAAUACCAGGCUUUGUUAGACGACCUCCAUCAGAAACAGCUGCAGGUCCGGCUUUCUGAGCUUUAUCUUAAUGAACAAGACAUCAAUGCCAUUGUGGACAAGCUGAGGGAGAGGCAGCACCAAGCAGCAGCCAGGAACACUGAUUUGGUUUCCUGGGAGCAAAUGGUCAAAGUCCACAAGAAGGAGCACGGGCGUUUGAGCAGGGAGCUGCAGCUCCUGGAGAAAGAGAUCCGUGGUCAGGAACAGCUGCUCUCCCAGUCUCGCUCCCAGUUCAUCAAAGCCAAAGUGAACACCUCUCAUCGCAUAAAAAAAGUCGAAGGCAUCCGUGACGCAGCAAAGAAGAGCCAGAAGUUGCUGGCUGUUAAAAAGCAGGAAGUAGAGGAGCAUCGCCAGAGGAUAGCUGAACUUCGGAGAACUUGGAAAAACUCUGAGAAACCGGUUAUGGAAGAAAAGGGGAGAGACAUUGAGCUGGACAAGGAUCAGUUGGAGCGAUACAGGGAGCUGAAGCAGUGGGCUCAGAAGGAGGGGGCGGUGCUCAACCAGCAGGCUGAGAAACUCCACUGGGAAGUGAGAGCAGAUGGUGAAAAAAUGGCUUUUGACCAGCGCAGAAAGAAGGAGUUGGAGUUUGCUAUCAGGAACAGCCAGAUUCACCUGGGAGAAAUCACAAGUAAAGCAGAGAAACUAGAUGCAUACAUCAAGAUCUGCAAGUCCUCCCUGGAUGACUACCAUCAGAAAGAGGAGGGCCUGACUGCAGAACUUCAGCGUGUUUCUCAGCGAAUGGAGGAGGUGAAUCAGGAGCUGAGGCAGGUGGUGGAGGAGCUGGGCAAUGCUCGUCUGGACAGCCACGAGAGCAAACGGCAGUUGAAACGCCGAGAGCUUCUGGAGAAGCUCUGCAGACUCUACCCAGACACUGUGUAUGGCCGACUGUCUAGUCUGUGCAGCCCGAUCCAUAAGAAGUACCAGCUGGCUGUCACCAAGGUGUUCGGUGGCAACAUGAAUGCUAUCGUGGUGUCAUCUGAAAAAGUGGCUCGCGAGUGCAUCGUUUUCAUUAAGGAGGAGCGGGCGGAGCCUGAGAUGUUCCUACCUGUCGACUACUUGGUGGUGAAUCCUCUAAACGAACGACUGAGGGACAUCCCUGGCGCCAAGAUGGUGGUUGAUGUUGUCCAAGUGAAUGCCGGUUCAGCUGCUGCCCAGCUGAGAAAAGUGGUGCAGUAUGUCUGUGGCAAUGCCUUGGUUUGUGAAACCAUGAAGGAGGCCAGGCGUAUUGCCUUUGAAGGGGAAGAUCGUGUUAGGACUGUAACCCUGGAUGGAACACUCUUUAAAACAUCAGGAGUGAUCUCUGGAGGUUCCAGUGCUCUUCGGAGCAAAGCGCGCUGCUGGAAUGAGCAGGACAUGAUGCAUCUGAAGAAGCACAGGGAGGACCUGAUGAAGGAGUUGCAUGGUCUGAUGAGGAUGAGGAGAAAAGAAUCAGACUUGAAAGAGGUGACUGCGCAGGCACAGGGGGCUCAGACCCGCUUGAAAUACACCAAAAUCGAUUUGGAAAACCUGCAGAAGAAAACAAUCCCUAAAUGCCAGUCAGAGAUCUCUCGUAUGGAGAGUGAAUUAGCAAACCUUGAUUAUCAGAUUCAGAUGCAGCAGAAGAGUCUUGAGGGAAAGAAUGAAGAGAUGAAGAGAAUCAGACACCAGAUUGAUCAGAUCGAGGACAAGGUGUUUUCUGGUUUCUGUGCUGAGAUUGGAGUGGUCAACAUCAGAGAGUAUGAGCAGGGACACUUGAAAGAGCAGGCAGAGGUUGACAAAAAACGGCUGGAGGUGGAGAAUCAUUGUGCUCGCCUGAAUGCACAACUUGAAUAUGAAGAAAAUCAGCUUGAGCAAGAAAGGAAGAAACUUUGCAAAAUGGAGGAAUCCAUCAGUGAAGAGGAGAAAAACAUGGCUAUGCUCAAAGAGGUUGAGAAGAAACUGUUAGAAGCUGUGGAGGAUGGUCAGAACAAGCUAGAGGUCCUGAAGAACCAGCUGCUCUUCAAAAAAAGCCAGGUGUCUACAGGCAAAGCAGAGCUGGACCAGAAAUCUCAAACUCUCGAGGAGAUUAACAAAGCGGUGGUGAAACUUCAGCGGGAGGUGAUGUCUGCAGAGACUGCCUUGGAGCAGAAACGCUUGGCUAGACACAACCUGUUGCUGGCCUGCAAAAUCCAUGACCUGCCAGUGAUUCUGCUGUCGGGCAGCCUGAAUGAAAUCAGCGAGGUCCAACUGGUCACAGAUUCCGAAAGUACUUUAGCCACUAUGGACAUCUAUGAGAGAGAGGCACAGCUUAUUAUUGACUACUCGGAGUUGGAUGAAGAUCUGAUGAAUCUGCAGACAGCUGAGGAGAUAGAAGCCUACAUGGAGAAGCUAAAGGAGUCCCUCUCCUCUCUGGAAGUGGUUCUGCACCGCACCACUGCACCCAACCUGAAAGCUCUGGAGAAGAUGAAUGAGGUUAAGGACAAGUUACAGGGAGUGACUGAAGCUUUUGAUGCCAGCACUACAACAACCAGAAGGUGCAACCAGGAGUUUGAACAAGUCAAGGCUCAGCGCUUCCACCUCUUCAGUUGCUGCUUUGAACAUGUGUCUGUUGUUAUCGAUCAGAUCUAUAAAAAAAUCUGCAGAAACAGCAGUGCCCAGGCCAUUCUGACUGCUGAGAAUUCUGAUGAGCCGUACCUGGGUGGGAUCAACUUUAGCUGUGUGGCUCCAGGAAAACGCUUCAUGUCCAUGGAAAACCUGUCUGGAGGAGAAAAAGCUAUAGCUUCUCUCGCCCUGCUGUUUGCCAUUCACAGCUUUUGCCCAGCUCCUUUCCUCAUCUUGGAUGAAGUGGAUGCAGCUCUGGACAACACUAACAUUGGGAAGGUGACCAGCUUCCUUAGAGAGGAGUCCAGGCAGAACACCCAGAUCAUCGUCAUCUCUCUGAAGGAGGAGUUUUUCUCCAAAGCUGACGCUCUGGUUGGAGUUUAUUCAACUAUUAGUGAGUGCAUGUUCAGUCACGUUCUGACCCUGGAUCUGCGUCCUUAUCCUCUGGUUGAGGAGGGCAACGGGAACAACACAGGAGAAAACCGGGAGCACGAUUCCUGUGGCCAAGAAUAACCAAAAACGACUGCAGUUUGUUUCCAGCUCUGGUGUUUUUAGUGGAAACAGCCACGUCAACCUCCUGUUGUCUGGUUUGAGUUUCUUGUUUGGUUAAAUCCAAAGUAAAGUUCUAGGUAAAGUUUAACCACCACAAUGCAAGACAUUUUAAAACAGUUGUACGUGUAUUUUACACUUUCUAAAAGUUGUUGAAUGUUAAUUAAUUACCUGUUAUUGUUAAAAUGUUUACUGUUGAACCCUUUUUGCAUUGAUGAGUGCAUGUUCUGACCCUGGACCUGCGACCUCUGGUUGAAUAGGGCAACGGGUGCAACGCUGGAUGAAUCCUCUGGCCAAGAAUAACUCAAAACAGCUUCUGGUUGUUGUUCAAAUUAAAUGAUUACUGUUGAACACUUACUGUGCUAAAUAAAAUUUCAAAUAUCAGCAUUAAGUGUGCUUUAAAUUUAAAAUCCACUCUAUUUAAAGGUU